AUGUUGCGACAAGCCGUCCACUCAUUUUUACUUGCUGCUUUUGCAGGUCAAGCCAUGGCUGCUCCUAGCAACUCUUCUUCUUCAUCCGCCAAAGUCCACUGGCUAGGUGAAAAGCCAGGCUUUACUUCAGGAACUACUUUUGGUCUACCGUGGCCUCAAUCAAAGUAUUUCCCCAAGGACACCAAAUUCACUGCCUCUGGUGCUUCUGGUCAGGAUGUUGACCUCCAAUCGUGGGUCACUGGAUACUGGGCUGAUGGCUCCGUAAAGUGGACCGGUCACGCGAUUGGAGCUUCGGAGGAAGUUCUUGAUGAGUAUGUUGUCAAGGCUGUUCCUUCAUCAGAGGGCAUCAACUCCACAACUUCUGCUGGUAUCAACGUUACCAAGAGUUCUAGCAAGAUCAAGGUCGAUACUGGCAAAGUCACAGCUGUCUUCCCCAAGACGGGCUCUGUGAUCGUCAAGGAGAUUGAGACCAACGGCAAGCGCAUCGCUCAGAAUGGAAGACUUGUUCUUCAGUCGCAGAACGAUGUUUCUCACCCAGGCGAGGACAAGAUCAAGUCUUUCAAGACACUGCGCUUCCAGAGCAACAUUGACAACGUCACUGUCAGCGACCAAAACUCUGCACGAACUCUUAUCACUGUUCGCGGAAAGCAUUCGGCAAGCGACAAGUCUGGCCAUAAGUCUUGGUUGCCUUUUGUCCUUCGCUUUUACUUCUACUCUGGCUCUGAGUCGGUCAGGAUCAUUCACAGCUUGGUCUUCGACGGAGAUGCCGACAAAGACUUCAUCUCCGCUGUCGGUAUCCGCUUUGACGUUCCCCUCGAAGGCGAGGAACUGUACAACCGCCACAUCCGAAUUGCGGGUGUUGAGGGCGGUCUGCUCAGUGAAGCUGUUCAGGGUAUUACUGGUCUUCGCAGAGACCCUGGUGCAAAUGUUCGAGCUGGUCAGUUUGAUGGUAAGGAGCUGCCCGAUAUCUCGACCUGGGAUGUUCGCGUCUCCAGCCGUCUUCACUGGAUCCCUCCUUGGAACGACUACAGUCUGAGUCAACUCUCAGCCGACGGCUUCACUCUCAAGAAGCGAACCAAGGCAGGCCAAAGCUGGGUCUCCAUCCCUGGCGGUACUCGCGCCGAAGGUCUUGCCUAUCUUGGUGGUGCUACUGUUGGAGGUCUUGCCGUUGGUCUUCGUGACUUCUGGAAGCGAUUCCCGACUGGCUUCGACAUUUCUUCUGCCGCUUCUGACACUGGAAGCAUUACCCUUUGGCUGUAUGCUCCCUCUGCUGAACCCCUUGACCUCCGUCCCUACCAUGAUGGCCUCGGCCAAAAGAACUACACCGAUCAGCUCGACGCUCUUGAGAUCACCUACGAGGAUUGGGAGCCUGGUUUCGAUACACCCUACGGUAUCGCACGAACCAGCGAGCUGUACCUGAUUGCCUUCGACAAGACUCCUUCGCAGGAGACACUCUCGAAGCACGUCACACAGAUCAACAACCCUCCUGUCCUCGUCCCCGAAAGCGAGUACAUUCAGCAGACCAAGGCUAUCGGCACAUACUGGGCUCCCGCUGACACUUCAACUGCCGCCUCCAAAAAGCUCGAGGACAACAUCAACUUCCUUGCCAAGUUCUACCAGUCUGAGGUUGAGCACCGCCGAUGGUACGGCUUCCUUGACUACGGUGACUUCAUGCACACUUAUGAUCCCGACCGUCAUGAGUGGCGAUACGACAUUGGCGGUUACGCAUGGGAUAACUCUGAGCUGUCUCCCGAUCUGUUCUUCUGGCAGUACUUCUUGCGCACAGGCCGCGAAGAUAUCUACCGUUUUGCCGAAGCUCUCACACGUCAUACUGGCGAGGUCGACGUUUAUCAUCUCGGUAACUGGAAGGGUCUUGGAACGCGACACGGUGUGCAACACUUCAGUGACAGUGCCAAGCAAGCCCGUAUCUCACAGCCCCAGUACAGAAAGUACUUCUACUACCUUUCCGGCGGUGAUGAGCGCAUUGGCGAGCUUUUCGAAGAGCUUCUUGAUACCGAUAAGACAUACGGUGUUCUUGAUCCCCAGCGAAAGGUCCGCAAGGAUGGUUGGGUUCCUACACCAAACGCGACCGUUGCCUUCAGCUUGGGCACAGAUUGGGGCGCGCUUGCUGGUGGAUGGCUCAUUGACUGGGAGCGCCGCGGCCCUCGAUGGGAAGAGUCCAAGGCGAAGCUCACCAGCACUGUCAAGAGCAUCGCCAAGCUCAAGAACGGGUUCGUCACUGGCAAUGGUCUCUACAACCUCCAGAACUGGACCCUUGGCCCACCUCCCUCCGAUCCCGAUAACAAGGGUCACGUCGAAGUCUCGCAUCUGAACGCCGUGUUUGGUCUCCCCGAAGUUGUGUCUGAGCUGAUUCUGUACUUCGGCGAUGAUCUACCAGAGGGUUUUAAGCAAGCCUGGCUCGACUACUGCUAUUAUUUCGAGGCCACUGCUGCUGAGCAGAAGGCUCGUUACGGUGUUGACUUUGGAAAGCUGAACUUGUACCAGGGUCACUCGCGUCUCACGGCAUAUGCUGCGAACCAAGAGAGCAAUACGACCAAGGCCAAUCUUGCUUGGACAAAGUUCUUUGAGAGUGAUGGAUUCAAGGCACCCACCGCCACGUUUACUACAACCGAGAUUCCGGAGCACGAGGGACUUAUUCCAGGAGAAGAAGCACCUUGGAUUUCUACGAAUGAUGUUGCUCAGUAUGGAUUGGCGGUAAUUCAGAAUCUUGCUCUUGCUAGGGACGCUCUUGAGGAUUACAAGCCAAAGGCCUAA